CAAUGCUCCUGGUUGAGCCGAAUAGGCACACAAUCAGGCAGAAAGGUCCAUGAAGGCAGACAGACAGGCAGACAGACAGAGGGAAGCCAGACAUGAAAGAAAGUAGGCACACCAACACCCACCCACACACAUAUACACCCUCGCGAGCAGAGCAUCAGAUGGACAGCACCGAUAAAACGGAGAGCACGCCUUCAUUCAUUCGUCCAUUCAUUCAUUCAUUCAUUCAUCGGUUCUCACACACAUGUCAGCAUCUCGCCAGUCACCGGCCCGUUUGUUUGUCUAUCGAGCCGUCGGUCGGCCCAUACAGAGGGAGCGACACAAACACGACGCGCACAGCAUCACACCCCGCAACCACCCACGCACAGAAAGAGAGUCAGGGAGAGAUACGGAGGCCGCCUCGAUGGCAGCCGGCUGGGAAGCCGCCACGAGAUAAAUGGCUUGCUCUCUUCUCUUGCUUUGUGCUCAAAGUGACCGUGGUACCGUGGGAUGUUGUCUGUCUACGUCAUGCUCAUCAAUGUCUACGCAUUGCACCGACAGGCUCACACGCAGAAUGGUCGAUCAAGGCAGACAGGCAAGUCGUUGUUUCAAACGAUGGCAGUCACACACACACACACACACAGAGAGAGAGAGAGAGGGCGUCCAAACACAAACUCGGUAGGUAUACAAAUACGUUUCGUCUGCACAUGUGUAGACAACGGCUUGUCAGACACACAUAAACACACCCUCGAUGCAGGCACGUCGCAGGGCAUCAGAUGGACAGGGCAUCCACACCAAUAAAAGGCUGGCAUUCAUCGGCCCUCGCACGCAUGACAGCAGCAUUGAAUUUCUGUCUAUAAAACCUCCCACCAACCCAGGGGGAGCGAGAGAGGCAUGACGGACACACAAGAAGUGAGUGGGUGAGACAGAGGCAUGGCAUGGCAGCCGGCUGGAAAGCGAUCAUGAGUGUGUAGGUACAUCUAGGCCUGCAGAUAUGGAGGCACUAAAAACGACGCGAACACCACCGCCGUCGCAAACUGACAAAUACACACGCACAGGGACGAUUGCGGUGUGGUUACCUCUGUACGUCAGACUAGCGUGUGUCGUCACGUACCUUCUGCCCCUCUCGCACAAAUGGAGCGAUUAUCGGUCGAACAUCAUGGCAGCGACGGCGGCCCCAAGCACCACACGAGCCAACCGAGUCGUGAUGGGGAAGCGGACUUUGAAGGCGUCACCCCCACCAGGCACGGCACACUCCGUCGUGUAGGCGCGAACACUCACUGCGAGCACACAAACGAGACCAAAGCGACCAAAGCGAGAAUUAAAGUGAGAGCGUUCUUCACCAUGUGCUGUGCUGUGUUGUGCCGUGCUGACCGAAGGUCGUUGGGCGGGUCAUGGGUACAGAGAUAUGAACCCACGCGACGAAGGGGUGGCUGGCGUCGGUCAGCACGAGGCAGCGUAGCGGGACAAAGUCCGAUCCCUGUCGUAGCCAGGACGUUGUGCUGGUGGUGCACCCAUCCACUCGUGUGUGGGAGGACUGCAUGAGCAGCGCCAGAAUCCGCUCGUGGCCAACAUGUCUGUCGACAGACACACAGACAAGUGGGCAUGUCAGUCACAUCACACACCAAUAUGUCCCCCUCUGCCACCGCUCACCUGCCGGCCAGGUGCUGCGUGGGCUGGCGGUUCUGGCGGAAGUGGUCGAGGAUGAAGUACUUGACGAACGACGACGCUGAGGCAUACAGGCUGCCGUCUUGCGGCGCACACAUCGCCUUCCAGUAGCCACCCAUCGGACUCGUCGAAUACUCCACUGAGCAGCGGACCGGCGGGUCAUGCGCCUGCCGGUGCUGGUGGAAGGGGUGGUUGGCCGGAAUUGGCGGGUCCACGAUCAUGUCGAAGUCGUCGUGGUCCAGGAUGGCGCGCAGCCGGUCGCCCUGCUCGAAGAGCUGGAAGCACACCUGCGGCCGUGGCUCGAACGUCAUGCUGGACGGCAGCAUGACCUUGGCAUCGCCGAAGUUGAUGUGACGGCCGACGAGCUUGAGGUGUGCCAACACACGUGGCUCAGAUAAGAAUGCCUGCACACACCAAUCACAUAGUCGAAAUCACAUUUCCCCCGCCAAACAAAGCGGGACCAUCCCAAUCUCACCGUCUUGUUUGCGUAUCGGUCGAGUAUGUCGGCAGCAGUGAGGCUGACGGGCAGGUGGCAGUAGCCGCACUUCGCCGCCAGCUCAAUCACCUUGCCCAUCUCGUCCGAGCCUCCCGCCUCCGUCACGCACACCGCCGUCAGCAGGGCGGCCUCAUCCAUGUGCUGAUCGUCGAACACCAGCAGGCUGAGCGGCUGCCCGUUGACCACCCGCCGCAGCCCCGCCUGCUGGCUGAGUGAGUGGGUCAGCCACUGCCGCAGCUGGGCCGCCCUGAAGGGGUUUCUGAGCCACUUUGCUGUGACUCGCAGCGUAAGUAUGUCCUUGAGGCCGAGCAGAAAGUUGCUCCGGCGACCAACGGACACGUAGUGGACGGGAUGCUGCUGCUGCUGCUCCUGUUGGGGCUGCAUCAUCACGGCCGUUGGAUCUAUCGCCGAGGGGACGAGGGCGCGAGGAGGCGGUUGGACGAAACGAGAUGGGAAGAAGCAAACGGCCGAGUGCGAUGCGUGAG